UUGCAAAAAAAGAAAAAAAAAACAAUGCAUACAAAGGGAGAGAUAGAGGGAGAGAAUCAGAGAGAGUGAGAGAGACAUAGGAAGAUAUACCGGAGACACCGAGGGUCCAUACGCACCGUCGGUAACACAGACGUGAAGAGGACUCAUGUGCGGAACACAGACGACAGACACGUAGAGAAAAGGUCACUGGAAAACGACCGAAAAUGAACGGUCCGAAGGAUGUUCGGUGCAUGACCCGAAGUAGUGGAAGUGACAACUUGCAACCAUACGACCCCGAAAUUGAAAGAACGUAUAUCACUCGAAGAAGACAAACAAAAAUGGUGGGCGUCAAUAAUCAACCACCACGACUUCCACCACCCCCUCAAGCACCAGAACCAGCCUUACGACGGGAGCCACGAGCCGAGACGUACGGUGACUACAACUCACCCAAACCCACAGAAUUCCUGUCAUGCAUCCGAAGGCCACCGAUCAAUCGAACAAACUUUGAGCUCAAACCAGCAUUUAUUCAAAUGCUCGCAAGCAAAACUUUCGGAGGAUGGCCUCAUGAAGAUCCCAAUGUUCACCUCGCAACAUUCAAGAAAAUGUGCAAAUCAAUGAUUGUCGAAGGCGUAUCUGAAGAGGCAAUCUUUUUAUGGGCGUUCCCAUACUCCCUGGGCGAUAAAGCGGAACAAUGGUUAUUCAACUUAAAACCUGAUUCCAUCCAUACAUGGGAACAAAUGGAGCACAAGUUCUUGGAGGAGUACUUUCCGCCUCACAAGACGGCAAAUUUCAAGGUGAAAAUAAAUAAUUUUGUUCAAGAGAACGGCGAAAGUCUUUACGACGCUUGGCAAAAGUUCAAAGGUUACCAACGAGCGUGCCCACAUCAUGGCAUGGAUCGAAGGCACCUAAUCUCAACCUUCGUUGAAGGGUUAAGGAAAGACAUAAGACGUUGGAUAAAUGCCGCUGCUGGAGGUUCUAUCCGCAACCUCACUUUUGAGCAUCUCGAGGAAUUAAUUGAAGAAAUGGCGAGAGAUCGGGGCGAUGACAUGGAUGAGUACGACCGAAGGGGAAACAUAAAGUCUAAGGGUGAGUCAAGUGAAGUCCAAUCCCUACGAGCACAAGUCGCCAAACUCACAGUUCUAUUGGAGAAUUCAAAUGCGGUGACAUCAAUUCCACAAGACUCAAGCUACAAUUACACCAUGCAGACCCAAGAACAAGAGGUCGAGAAUGUCAACUAUGUGGCGAACAACCCCUACUCAAAUACAUACAAUCCAGGUUGGCGUAAUCACCCAAACUUUUCUUACAAAAACACCGGAAACACAGAAAAUCUGGCCAAUCAACCCCAAGCCCCAAGAAUACUCCAAAGACCCCAACAUUUUCAACCAUACGAGCAACGCUAUCAACCACAAGUAGCGCAACCCGUACUUGCACCGCAGCCGCAACCCAAAGAUGAGCUUAAGGAAUUGCUCCUAAGCAUGCAGAAACAACUGUCUGCUGAUAUUAGACAAACAAACAACGAGAUUCGAGGGAUGAAGAAUGAUCAAGACGAUAUCCGCAAACAAGUCGAGGGAAUCAACACACAUCUGAAGCUCCUAGACAAUCAAGUUGCCCAAAUGGCGUCAUCUUCAUCAAGGCCCAUGGGAACACUUCCUGGAAGACCUGAGCCUAACCCUCGGGAGCAUUGUAAUGUUGUUGAGCUAAGAAGCGGGAGAAAACUUGAAGAUAUUAAAUCCAAGGAGAAACAAAUCAAUAAAGACGGAGGUAAAGACGAUGUUGUCGAUCCCGACCCUGACAUCAAGGUGGCAAAAGAAGACAUCCAAGAUAAGGUCGGGAUCGACAACAUCGUCUUUACCUCCGUCUUUAUUGAUUUGUUUCUCCUUGGAUUUAAUAUCUUCAAGUUUUCUCCCGCUUCUUAG